AGAGAGAGAGAGAGAGAGAGAGAGAGAGAGAGAGAGAGACGUGCUGCGUAUAGGAGGUGGAGGAGAGAAGAAGAGGGUGGCAGUACAGAGAGGAGCAGACAUGGCUUCUAAAGGGAUCUCAGCCUUUGGUUCUGUCAAUAUGACCAAGGACAUGACAGAGAGCAUCAGGAAGAUAAUCGAUAAAUCAUCCAUUAAGUUAAUUUGCAGCAUUAAGCUUGACACCAAAAAUGGCAAAACAGAGGAUAGGAUUCUGGUCCUUGCAACAUGGCGUCUUUAUUUCCUGGCUCCAAAGAUUCCUGCUAAGGUAGAAAUUACAUUCAACUUCUUGGAGAUUCAAGCUUUGAAUUCCCACCCUGAUCACCAGGUUAUUAUAGACACAGACAAGUCUGGUUACACCCUGAGGUUCGAGUCCCGUGAGCACCUCAAUCAUGUUGUUGGCCAUAUUAAUUUCGCCCUGUCCAGAAUAUUCAACAACUCCAUCUUUGCCCCGUCCAUCUGUCACUCAGACAGCGACCUAUCCGAGGGCAGCAGGAAGUAUUCGCCCAGCUCAGAAACUUCAGUGGAAACGCAGAGGGCCUGUGGAGGCUUCUCAGAAACCUACGCCGCUCUGUGCGACUAUAAUGGCAUCAGCUGUAAGGAGGAAGUGCAGUGGGAUGUGGACACUAUCUAUCACUCUCAGGACAGCCGGGAAAUUAACCUGCUGGAUUUUAGCCACUUGGAGAGCAGGGAUUUGGCAGUGAUUGUUGCAUCAAUGGCCUAUAACACCUGGUUUACCAAAAUCUACUGCAAAGACCUUCGCCUUGGAUCAGAGGUCACUGAGCAGGUCCUUCACACGGUCAGCAAAUCCUCCAGCCUUGAGGAGAUUACUCUGGAGAACGCUGGGUUAAAAUCAGACUUUCCUCAGAAAAUGGCCGCCGCCCUAUCAGAGAACCCAGCAUCUGUUAUCCAUUCCAUUAAUUUGGCCCACAACUCACUGGACAACCAAGGUGUGUCCAGCUUAAUCCAGCAGGUUUGUCGCCUCAGCAAGGGACUUCGUCUGCUCAACCUGUCAAAGACUUCUCUUACCUCAAAAGGUGUGGUGUCUCUCUCUCAGGCUCUCUGCUCCAACAAUGAAUACUCCAACUCUCUUCUGCACCUGGACCUAAGCAAAAACCCCGGGGUCCUCACAGGGGAUGAUGCUUCGAACCUUUAUCUCUUCUUGUCUCAGCCAAACUGCCUGGUCCACUUGGAUCUAUCAUGCACAGACUGUACUGUUGACUCUCUGUUUGGGGCUCUUCUGAGGGGGUGUUGCGCUGAUCUUUCCUUUCUCAAUCUUUCCAAAAAUACGUUCUCUCACAGGAAAGUGAAGGAUACACUGCCGUUAUUACGUCAGUUCUUCAGCUCGGCCUUCAGUCUCACUCAUGUCAGCUUCGCCUCUAUGAAGUUGCCCCCUGAUGUUUUGAGAGCUGUCCUGAUGGGGUUGACAUCAAAUCCUCAUAUCACUGACCUUUAUUUGGACAUCAGCAGCUGUGAGGUAGGAUCCUCGUCUGUCUUUAGGCAAUAGACUGCAUGGGUGUUUCCAAUGUUGCACUCAGGAUUGUUUCUCAUAUCUCAAAUAUGAGAUACAAUUCUUUCUGGAAAAUCAAUAAAGAAAACAUUUCUCUGUUCUGCUUGCCUCUGUUUUAAAAUGUGAAACAUUUAUCAAAGUGUAUACUUUAGUAACAUUUUCAUUGCUUUUACAUAAGUAUUUAGACGCGAGGCACUCUGGAAAAUCGUCCCCAUCUGGAGCAUUUGCCAGAUAUGUUUCACAUUUGGAAAUUCAAUUCAAUUCUGUUCAUUCAAAUAGCGCCAAUUCACAACAUAUGUAAUCUCAAG